AUGGCCACGAGCGCCAAGGCCGAGCCGCCCAUGAAGAAGCCCCGGGUCCACGCAGACAAGAGCGCAGCGGCACCGUGUAACUCGGAGGCAGCGACCAGGGCAGCGGCCGCGGUCGACUUCGAUGCUGUUCCCACAAGCAAUACACUUCUGAGUGCGCGGCUCCAACGGGAACUGAGAUCCUUAUGGAGUGCGAGUGGUUCUGCCACGGCGGCGCCUUCCGGCACCAGCGGGCCGUCGAUGGAUCACGGCGCACCGCCCAAGCCUGCUGAUGUGGCCUCCGUUGUGCCGUCCUUCAAGGUCGGCACGCUCGAGAUGUACCGCCGCUUCCCGGAGGCCUACGAUCUGCUCAUGACCCACCACAACUGCACUGCCGUGCGCGACACACUGCUGAAGGACGUGCUGGACCGCAUUGCUCGCACGGCAGGUGUAGAAGCCGUACCAGCGGAUGCCGCCGCGGACGCUGCGGGGCAGCGCACGCAGCCGUGGGUGCGCGUGGCAGACUUUGGGUGCGGUACGGGACGCAUCGAAAGCAUGGUGGCGCAGCACCCCGCCGUUCAGGCGAUCUACGCGUACGACAGCGAGGUGUCGAUGCUGCGGCGCUGUCUGGUAAACACCGUGCGGAGCGCUGCUCAGUCCGGGCACUACCGCUCCGUGAGUCUGCUUCCCGUGGCCGCGUCGGCAGAGAAGAGGAGUGAAAUAAACGAUGCCAGCUUCCCCUCGCACGCGCUGCCGUCACCGCCUGGGGUGUUAUGCGGUGGGGACGAGAGCGAGGCGACGACAUCGACAACAGUCGCAUCGUUACAGUUGUGCGUCCGCCCUGUACCGUUCCAGGCGAUUCAGGCAGGCUUUCUCACGCAGACACGACACCCCCGCUGCUCCCUCGUUGUGUGCGCGUGGUCUCUCUCCUACGUUAUGCGAAUGGAGUGGGGCAAAGACCACUGGCACGCCGCCAUAGACACGGUUGUGCAGUCGCUGCUGAACCUGCUCGACAACACGCGCUCGGAUGCGGCGGUGGUCAUACUAGAGACGCUGGGGAACGGCUCUGCGGAGCCGACACGGCAGAGCACGUACACGCAGCGACUGGAGGAGUAUUUCGGGUUCAAGCGGACGUGGGUGCGCACGGACUACGAGUUCAAGAGUAAGGCCGACGCGGAACGCAUGGUGCGCUUCUUCUUUGGCGAAAAGAUGCUGGCGAAGCUCGCCUCAGACAACGUUCGUAGUGGAGGAGAGCGUGGCGCCGCUGACGGCACGGAGAGGGGUGGCGGUUGUCGCCUCAUGGAGUGCACGGGCAUUUGGACCUACUGGAAGGCGCGAGAGUCGCCAACGGAGCCCCUCAGGGAGUCACGGGAACUCUCUCGCUCAUGA